GUUACCUAUGCUUGACGCACUGGCGACCCUGUGGCGGAAAUAACAAGAAAUUGCAUGCAUAAAUUCUAGGAAUCUUCUUUGUUUUUGUAUUUAGAUUUCUUGAGGAAAAAAGUUGCGUUGACUUACGAAGUUUGUGAAUGGGGAACCUGUCUUCGUCUUCUGACGAGUUGAGAUUACGAGAAAGAAUUGAUGCUGGAAGCUAUGGUGAGGUUUUCCGAGCGACAUGGGAAAACAAAUUAGUGGCAGCUAAACGAAUCCACCGGGUAUUUCUAGAGGAUGCAGCUUAUAGAUGCAACAAAGAGAAAGUCUUAGCCAGCUGGGAGAAGGAGUGGGUUCUUUUGCGCAGUCUUAACCACCUAAAUAUCGUAAAAUACUACACUGUGAUAUUAGAAGAGCCUCCGAUUAUCGUAAUGGAAUUGUGUGACUGUGAUCUUCGAAGGUAUAUCAAGAACACGAAGCCAAGAGUAGCGUUUGCGAAUAUCGUGCGCAUUAUGCGUGAUGUAGCUGAAGGUUUACGGUAUCUGCACGAGUUUAAGCCAGAUCCGAUUGUUCAUAGGGAUCUUUCAAGCAAGAAUAUUCUUCUCACAGCCGGCCUUCAAGCCAAGAUAGCAGAUCUCGGGUUAGCAAAGGUGUUCCCGGAGAUCACGAUGCUUGCGACUCCCGGAGUAGGUACCCCGAUCUAUGCGGCACCAGAAACCGUGCGAGUGAACUACGCACAGAGAAUACCCUACAGUGCGAAGGUGGACAUAUUUUCUUACGGCGCUAUAAUGCUUGAAAUGAUUGUGGGCCACCUUCCAAGUUAUCUACCGGCUCCAGUUUUACAAGAUGGGGAAAUCGUGCCUGAGUACAUCCGUCGCAGUGAAGACAUCUGUGAAAUGGGUAUAAAUCAUCCACUACGUCCACUUGUUAUCCGGUGUUUUAGCGAUAAGCCCGAAGCGCGCUUCUCGGCUGGCGAGAUUGUGGACUUUUUAAGACGAUUUGAGCCUACAUCCAUACCACCAGCGGCAGACCGCAGCGCCGUCCAGCGACUGAGUCAUCAAAAGUUUGAUCACUCAUUCAAAGUCGCGUUUUUAGGUGAGGGUGGGGUUGGGAAAACUACAAUCAUCAGACGAUUCGUCAACCCAUGCGAAAAUAUAGAUAACAAUACUCAUCACCAAAACACCAUGUCUCCUGGAGAUUUCUUUGAGCGUCUAGAAUUGCGAGGGAAAACUGUGCACUUGCAUAUCGUGGACACGCCUGGGGAAUCUAGAUCCGUGUUCCAUUUGGCGGAGAGCACAGUACCCUUGAUAUAUAGGGCACUCAGCGGCGCGGUGAUCGUCUUUGAUGUCACUGACAGAAAAAGCUUCGAACGUGUCCCCACAUGGCUGGACAAGGUUCAGGAACACUGUGGACACGAGAUCCCGGUUGUUUUAGUUGGUAACAAGACCGAUCGGCCCUUGAAUUCCUGGAAAAUCCCUUCCAAUGUGGCAGCAAAAUAUGCCACGAAUAAUGGUUUCCUGUACAUUGAGACGAGUGCCUUGGGAAUGUGCAACAUCGAUGAGAUCUUUGCUAUUCUUUUAGAGCUUCUAAUGCAGCAAGCGGAACAGACUACUGGCGAUAGAUCGUGGAUGGGAGAUUCAGGAAAUGACCAUGCAAUCGCUGUCUUACUGGAACCCGAGAGGCCGAUGUCGUUACUUAAAGGGGACGUACCGCCAAGUGUAAUACCAGAAAUCGUGGCAAGAGAAAGGGCUGAGCCCACGCAAAGUCACGGAACCGUUCAGCUACCGCCUACCGCUAGAAACGAAGGCAAGGAAUCAGACUGUCGUUGUUGGAAGUCACCUCAAUAAUUUUUCAAGGUAGAAGCCAUCGCAAAUUUCAGGGUCCCAUUAAUAAAAUGAACCAAUUAGUAUACUAAUCAAUGUUCAGUUACAGUUGAGACCCCGUCGCAAUUGUCAUACAAUGGGACACCUUAAUUAGUAAAUAUAGGAAAAGGCUUCACAUCUUUACUUGAAACCAACUGGGUGUUUACCGAUAUUCACCAUCCCAAUUGGUUAGGUGAAUAUUGAAUUAUUCUUACAUUGUACGGUACAUAGCCAAGAAUCGCAUAAUAUCGAGUGAAUCCAGAAUCACAAUCCAAACAAAGCAACUAGAACACAAAA